CGCAUUCUCAACGGUCCGAGCGACGCUCCGCCCGUCAUUCCGUGGCGAUUCGCGCCUAUGGUGUUUGUACAAGGCGCGUCCUGAAUACGAGCCAUCUUCACGAACGCAUUCAAAUGCAUGCAUUCACUGGCGCUUUGCUUUCUCUACUCGUCAAAUCCGCUUAUUCACUAUAUAAGGACGUCGUUUGCCACAAAAAUUGGUACCUUGACACUCCUCGGCCAGCGCCAAGGAAAUGUCCCCCGCCGGAUUUUGUUUCGUACUACGAGUGUUGUGGAGAGAGUGAUAACUGCUGCCGACGGGUGCGCAUUGAACUGCUGAUCUUUCUUUUUGUACCAUUGUCUCUUCUGGUUAUCGUUUUAUGUUGCUGCACAAUAUUCUCAAUGUAUCGACGAAGAAGUCAACAAGAAGAAAAACAGCCGAGGCUCAGUCGCGACGAAAAAGAAUGCCAUUAUUUUUACUAAGUUUUGCCAUAUUUCGUUGUGUUUCCUCAAUCUAAAUUAAGCUCAUUUUGUUGCUGUACUUGUGCCAGACAAAGUUGACGGAAAUUAGUCUUUCU